UCAAAGUUCCUGAUAUAUUUGGAGAAUCUGGCAUGACAGAUUCACAUCUUUAGAAUCUAAAAGUCACAUAAAUCAACUCCUCUUGAGAAAAACCCACAAACACGUGAAAUUAACGUGAAAUAUGUAAAAUACAUUUGAACUAUUUACAUGUGAACACGUUUUCCCACACGGGCUCAAAUUACAAGAACACUCAGCAGUUUAUGUUUUAGGGUUUCGAUAAAAAAACAUAAAACCAUGUUAUUCAGAUUUUCUGUUAUUAUUGCUUUACAAAAUCUUUUGCACCCCCUGUUUUGACCUCUGACAUCAAAAUUCAAUGGAAGGUUUCAGAAAUGGGAAUGAAAGCAUCCAAAUGAGUGACUCUUCUUUUUCUUCUUUUCUCCCAUCAUAUCUAAGGAGGUGUCAUGGGUGCUGACGCAAACAGCCCAGCCCAGCCCCCCUGCUUUAUAGUGAGAGAAAAAGGUCCAGACGUAGAGAAGCAGGCGACAGACGGAACGAGCGCCGCUGGAGCGCAGACGCAUCUGGUGCGCAAGGAGAGACCAGGCUGCUCCAGGACGCAGCAGAAGCAACAUAUGCUGCACAGAAAACUCUAGAACGGAGGAAUGUAUCUUUAUUUGUGUCUGACUCUUGAGUGAUGCAUACAACUAAACCAGAGGAUUUAUCAAACCCCCGAGAGCGCCCAUGGAGACGCGCCUGAGCAGAAACUACAGGCGUAAAAACCCCGGUGCCAUGAUGCAGCAGCGGGACGCACAACAGCUGUAGGUCAAUUGGGCAACCUCACAAGUGAAUCUAAAGGAGAAAAGCAUCCAUCAUGAACUUGUCCGAGUCUGUGUGGGUAUUUGGAGAGCCCUGGAACCUCAGCAUGGUGGAGGAAGAGGAGCAGCAACUUUUAUUUGGAAUCGGAACGGAUAAUUUCAUUACGCUGCUGGUUUUCGGGCUCAUCUUCACGCUGGGCGUGCUAGGUAACUCCAUGGUGAUCACCGUGCUGGCCCGGAGCAAACCCGGGAAACCGCGCAGCACCACCAACAUCUUCAUCCUCAACCUGAGCAUUGCGGACCUCUCCUACCUGCUCUUCUGCAUCCCGUUCCAGUCCACCAUCUACAUGAUGCCCACCUGGGUCCUGGGCGCCUUCAUUUGCAAAUUCAUCCACUAUUUCUUCACCGUGUCCAUGCUGGUGAGCAUCUUCACGCUGUCUGCCAUGUCCGUGGACCGAUACAUCGCCAUCGUGCACUCCAGAAAGUCCUCGUCCAUCCGGGUGGCAAGGCACGCGCUGAUCGGCGUGGUGGUGAUCUGGAUCCUGUCCCUGGCCAUGGCAGCGCCCGUCAUGCACUACCAAAACAUCUUCCAGCGAGGGGAGAACUACACCUUCUGUUGGGAAGUGUGGCCAGAUCAGAGCCACAAAAAAAUCUACGUGGUCUGCACGUUUGUUUUUGGGUAUGUGCUGCCGCUGCUGCUCAUUUCCUUCUGUUACGCAAAGGUGAUAAAUCACUUGCACAAAAAACUAAGAAAUAUGUCCAAAAAGUCAGAGGCGUCAAAGAAAAAGACUGCUCAGACGGUUCUGGUGGUGGUGGUGGUGUUCUGCCUGUCUUGGCUCCCUCACCACGUCGUGCAUCUCUGGGUGGAGUUCGGGACUUUCCCGUUGAACCAGGCCUCCUUUGUGCUGCGGGUGGUCGCCCACUGCCUGGCAUACAGCAACUCAUCCGUCAACCCGGUUAUUUAUGCCUUUCUGUCGGAGAACUUCAGGAAGGCCUACAAGCAAGUCUUCAAAUGCCAGAUUGGCACCGGCGAGUGUCCGCUUAAUGACAUCAAGGAGAUCCGCAGCAAAGCGGAUUUACCUCCCUCAACUAAUUGCACUAAUGUCUGACUGGUGACAUGAAAAUGAGCUCUGUUGGACCGAGAGACAUCAUGAGUCAUGGUACAAAAUCAUCAGGCACGAGUGGGUUUGCUUUAGAGUUGGGUGAGUAGGAUUGAUUGUACUGUUCCACACGAGCUCUGCUCAUUUCACCUGGACUGGACUGGAUUCUCUGUGGCAUCGGUCCUCCUGAAACAAACCCUGCACCGUCUAAACUGCAGGAGCAGAGUUGGCAAUCUGUAUUUAUAAAAAAUCAUGUUAAAAUAGUAAAAAUAAAAAAUUAAACUAUCUAUGUAUGUCUCAUCUCAAUACACAAAAUAACCAGAUUCAAGGACUUGUUACUUACAUCACACAUCAACCCACUACCGUAAAUCAUUUGAUGGCUGUUGUAACCUUUUUUGAAAUGUGUUUUUUGCAGGAAUUUCAAAUUUAUACACAUUUUGAUACCUGCAUUCUUUGUUGGUGGAUUUGUAGUCUCGUAAAUGUAAAUGAUCUGAAACUUUAGGUUUUUGCAGCAGUGACAGUGCUCUCUGAAGAAGCAUUAGCCUAGCUAAAACCUGUGUACCCUAGCUGCUUUUAGCGGAAGCAAAUGAGGAACUUAAAAUGAUUUUCUAUCAAUCUGACAUGAAGUAAACAUUGUUAGUCUUAAUGUAGCCUGCCUGCUGUAGAUACAAUUUAUCUUACUCAUGUAAUCACGUCAGAAAUGAGUGUGUAUGACUGCAGGGGCGCGUGCGAGCACAUCUCUGUUUUUAAUGUCAUCAUGUUUGACACAGAAGAACUUUUUUAAUGACUUCAUCUUGUUUAAUGAAUCCUUCCCAUGAAAACUGUUUUCACCUUGUUUUUAGAAGUGUUAGCUGUUACAAGGCUCUCAGAACUUACCAUGUCCAUUACACACCUUGAUAAGUUAAUCCAUUCAACAUGAUACAAUGCUAACACAAUAACCUAUGUCUGUUUUAACUUUAAAGACACAGUUUGACACGGGACGCACAAAUCAGAUUGUAACAGUUGUUUUAGCAGCAAUGGACUCUAUCUGUACAACAGGAAGUUCAAGUUUCACUCUUUUAUGUUUUUGGAUGUCUGUCACUGACACAAGACCAAAGGAUGCAGUGUACACCUGAGAAACCUGCUCAGGAAAGCCACAAAAUGACACAGCUUCAAAAAACAAAAAAUACAAUAGAGCACAAAAUAACCCAACAAAUACUCAAAUGGAGCCUUUGUAAGCUACUGAAAGAAUGCAUUUACUUUUGUUAACUGAGAACCCUCAGCUGCACAUCAUAAAUUAUUUCCACUCAUGAGUCUCCAGAAGCAUACACAUCAGUGCUGGACAUGCAGAUGACGACGCCUUCUCAGAGGUGAAACGUCUUCAACAUAACAAUACAAGUCCAGUUGCUUCAAAACACUCAACAAAAUCAUGUCAUGGAUGACAGACUCUACACCACUCAAAUGUGUGCAGAUAAUUUUACACAACAGUUGAAAGCAACAUGAAACUGUCCACAGUACAAUUAUGUUGAAGGUUUUUUUUAGAAUGUGUUGCACAUUGCUGAAUAAUUUCUGCUCUGCUAAAUCUUUGCUUGUUGGGAGUAGCCUGACAAACCAUCCUGUUUAUACGAAUAUAUGUGGGGCUUCCACACUAGUGCCAGCUCAAUGCCACCUGGAUAUGUUCGGGAGUGUUCACAUCCGCAUAGCCUGGAUUUUUUUCGUGCGUUACUAGUUGUUUUUCGGCCCUCUUCCCAAGGCGGUCUGUGUUGGGCUGAACUGGUCCAACACACCCAAUGCCUACUGAAUGGCCGGCUCAAAUUCACACUUACCAUUAGGGAGAGCCUCUGAUUGAUGGAUAGAAUCAGCCAGCAGGGGCUUUCCGCAUGCGCGGUUCAUUACCAUUCUCGAUACUGAGGAGGAAUCAAAGCCUCUUCCUGAGGCACACACACACAGACAGCAGCUUGAGCUGCACCAGGACAGACACAGCAGAGCAGGAUGUUUCUGAAAGCAGGAGUCUCCAAAAGCAACACUUCUCACAGCCACCUUUGUUUAAUUUAAGGAUAGACACUGUGGACUUCUCCACGCAUCUUUGUCCUGCCUACGUGUUCACUCAUGACAUCACUGAUAUCUUUGCACCAAUUUUUGAGACCGCCAAUAUACUCAGUCAUGUCUGCAUUCCUAAGGAUGUGUGGAAGGAUGUGUAUAGUCAACCUGGCCAGGCUGGGGUGGACUGGGGCUGACUGCACGGAGUGGAGUGCAGCUGGCUCUAGUGUGGAAGGGGCUAUAGACUGGUCACAACCCAUAGAUAGAGCUUGGUUGUGAGGUGAGAUGUACAAUUGUCUUUCAAACCAUCUCUGCAUGUGACAUAUAUGAGAUUCUCACUUCUACAGAUUUCAGUCAGAGGGGCAGUCGGCCAUACUCUGCAGAAAAACAUCUUUUUUCAAAAUAAAGGAAAGCAAAGCCCAAGUCUAAAUAGUUCAAAGUUGACACCAAAGCCGUAACAAACAAGCCAUCGCCAUCUUACUUUUGCUUGGUUGCAGUAAUAUCUCGCCCACCAAAUCGAUGGAGUGCCUUCAUUGGACUGGUGCGAAUGUCAGUCAAUGGAAAUGCAUCCUUUUUCUUAAUAAAGGACUUAAGUAACUCUCAGUCACAUCAUCCCACCCACCAAACUGACAGAACGCUGUGAUUGGCAUGACACAAUACUGCCCAGGCCAACAGCUGACCUGCUGAGGCUCCUAUGGAGUGUGGCUAGACCAAAAACGCAGAGCAAAAUCAUCAUGCUCCGGCUACUGUCUGUCUCGAUCUGUAGGCAAAGUAAAGUCCACAGAACAUCCAACAUUUGCAUCUUCACGUGCGGCUCCAUGUGGCAGAUUGUCUCAGCAGAAACAGAAAAUUGCAGAGAAAGAAAAGCUAGACUGCAACGACCCUACAAGCCAUUGAUCCAUCUGGGACUAUCUGUCUAUUUGAAAAACAAUCUGCGACUGAUUCAGCCAAUCAGCCAAAACCACGGAUAAAAAAUGUUCUGUGUCUUUCAAUAGAAACUCACAGAUUUGAUCCUGUUUUAGUGACAAACAGCUGAAGGUGCGUUUUUGUUUAAAAGUCAUUAGAAAUUAAUUACUAUAUGAUGCCUCUAUUUAGAAAACUAGCAUUUUCACCCAACAGGUCUGAUGAGCCGGGGAAACGUCCAUGCUUGGCUCGGUUCACAGAGAAACGUAUUUGUUCUUUUUGAAACACUAUCUCACUCUACACCUAUUUCCUGCGUUAGCUGCCAAAAUCAAAACAGGAAAGGAAACACUGAGGUCAGAAAAGGCCACACAGAUCUACGUCACACUGUAAAUUUGCAUUCAUAGACUCACCCAUCUUGGUUUACAACCAGGAAAAGCUGUGCUGAUUUAGCAUCCAGGAGAGAGAAGAGCAUUUCCUGGCCUGUAGGCGCUAACCUUUAGCCUUUGCAAUGCCCAACAUUGCAGAACUCUUUCAGAUGUGUGUUAUUGACAGAAGAAGAUGCUGUUGCUAUUAGCCAGUCAGAGUUGAGAUAAUAAUAAUAAUGACUUAAGCCUAGUUUAUGCGUCUGCGUCGGUCCGGAGACGCAACAGGCUCGCGAGGAAGGAGGGAGUCGACUCCUCUUCUAAAUAUCCGUCCAAAGAGAUGGAGAGCAGAAGCUUGUGAUUGGUUAGGGUGAUGUUUCCUUUAAAUUCAUCAACAGCACCGCCAUUGCUCCCUCAAAAACUAACAAGAGCGGGCGAUAUCUAGCGGUAGACACAGAGCAGCUUGAAGAAAAUCUUGUGCGAAAUCACUAAAAAUCUGAAAGUUUUAUUUAGCCGUGACUGGAGAACUAUAAAGAUAUGCAGUAAGCCUUUUAUUUGUGGAUGGAAAUGACAGAAAAUGUGGGUUUAGAGGUGGCGAGUGCAUGAAGAGGUGGAGGAGAAUGAGGGACAAAUUUGAAGUACAAUAGUAAAUGCACUAUUUUAGACCAGAUACAUGACAGGAUACCCCAGAAAAGCAUUACUCCCUCUGUUGUCCUUGCGGGGAAUUGUUUUGCAUCACUCCCCAGGUGAUGGAGAAGUUUGAAGGCAAAAGGUCUCCAUCAACGCGUGUGCGUCUCUCUCUUGUGGCGUUGAUGCAGAAGCAUAAACUAGGCUUAAGACUCCAAACCCUGUCGUUUUCCACCCCCACCUUGGACUAACUUCUACUAUGUACCUGAAACAGGAGUACAAGACCUUUUUUCCACAGAGAAUGACUGAUGAAGACCUAUUUUUAUGAACUGGCUUUUAAAUUUGGUUGUGUUUUAUCAUUUUUAGUGGAUUUUAUGUGUUAUGUUUUAAUCUGUGUCUGUGAAGCACUUUGGUGUGUCUGUAAGGUGCUAUAUAAAUAAAGUUUGAGUCGAGUCGACACCACAGCA